AUGGACUCUGAUGAAGUUCGUAAAGAUACCACUGAGGACAUUCAUAUCGAAACGCUGGACCAUGCAGUCAAACCUGACACGGCCCACGAUGUACCUAUUGAAGACCGGGACUUGAAAGAGCGACGACUGGUGCGGAGAAUCGACAUUCGAAUGAUGCCUCUAAUGAUGCUGCUCUAUAAGUUUGUCCCAGAUUUCUUCGAUAAACCUGUUACUGACAUUGCGGCUGCUCGAUUGGGAAACUUUGAGAAGGAUAUCGGUCUGGUUGGAACCCAGUACAAUACCAUCAUCAGUGUCUUCUUUGUUGGAUACAUCCUCACUCAGGUUCCCACGAACAUGAUUCUCAACAAGAUGAGGCCCAGCAUUUUCCUUCCAGUUGUCAUGUGCUGCUGGGCCGUUGUCAGUGCCUCCACUGGCGCAGUUCAGAACUACAAGGGUGCUAUUAUUCUUCGAUUCUUACUGGGAUUUGUCGAGGCGCCCUUUUUCCCUGGCGCCUUGUACCUUUUUAGCUCAUGGUACACGAAGAAGGAACUGGCGGUUCGCAUCUCAGUGUUGUAUGCCGCGGGACAGAUGGCAGGAGCCUUUGGUGGCCUUCUCGGCAGCGCAAUCAUGGGAGGAAUGGAUGGAAAGCUAAACCUCGCCAAUUGGCGAUGGCUUUUCAUCAUUGAGGGAACGAUUCCCAUCCCAGUCGCUUUUGCUACCUACCUCGUACUUCCAGAUUACCCAGCGACAACCAGAUGGCUCACCGACGAGGAGAGAAAGCUGGCCAUCCUCCGAAUCACCGAAGAAGCAGUGGAAGAAGAUAAUCGAGAAGAGGCGUCCGCGUUGCAAAGCCUGAAAAUGGCUUCCACGGACCCAGCGCUCUAUAUGAUCUGGCUCAUGCAGCUUGGACUCAACACUGCCGCGGCCUUUACCAACUUCUUUCCUACAAUUGUGGCGACCCUCGGAUAUAGCCAACGAAACACCCUCCUUCUCUCCGCUCCGCCGUACGUCUUCGCAGCAAUACUUGGCAUCACAAAUUCUUGGCAUAGCGACAAGCACCGUGAGCGAUGGCUCCAUAUCGUAUGGCCCCAAAUCUUCUGCAGUAUCGGCUUCAUCAUCUCUGCGACUACUCUCAACGUAGCAGCCCGCUACACCGCGACAUUCAUGAUGAUGAGCGUAUACGGCUCGUUUGGUUGCAUCCUAUCAUGGAUUUCGACAACACUCCCUCGGCCAGCAACGAAACGAGCGGUCUCGUACGCUGUCGUCAACGCUGGAUCUAAUUUGGCUUCCAUCUAUGCCAGCUACUUCUACCCGAAGUCGCAUGGCCCACAGUACUGGCAGGCAAACAUUAUCAAUGUGGCAUUUUCUGGAUUAUGCAUUCUUUUGGCUACCUUGUUGCACUUCUACCUUCGCUGGCGUAACCGUAGGCUUCGCGUAGCCGGAGACGAGGAUCUCCAGAAUGAAGGCACACGCUCGGGAUCACGAUCAACAAUGUUAGGUGCGAGGUGGCAGUGUCAUCCUGCCUAUCAGUAUACCCUGUAG